AUGAUGUGCCUCGAUGUUUGUGUAAGUUCUCUUAAGUCCUUUUUGUUGUUUACUGAAGCCUACAUUGUAUGAAUUUGACAUCAUCGUCUGUUUUUUUCUGGAUAUAAUUACAUAGCUGUAAUCCACAUUAGAGGUUUUACAUUUUAUCGAUUCGAAAAUGAUUUUUUAAUUCACGGACUAGAAGGGCAUGGGGAAUUGAGUUACAUAAGAGUUUCUUCCAGCGGUUCCUUUAGCAAUUUCCACAUUUUGUUAUGCAAUCCCCUUUUCCACCUGCAAUGUUGUGUUAGAAAGGUCACUAUAUUAAUGAUCGUUGGCAAUAAAACCUUACAAUUAGGGCUUUCUCUUAUAAAAUUGGCGUCGUCAAGUCGACCUUCGUAUGCUGAGUCAAGUGUUCCUUUUUCUGACGCAAUUCUUGCCCUCUUGCGUCAACUCUUCCCCUCUCAAAUCAUCGUUUUGAAUUUCAGGCAUGGGCAGGUUCAGAUCACUCCUACUGCUAUCUCUACAUCAUGCAGACCACCCUUUCUUUUGUCGGGUUCUUCUUCAAUCUUGUUAUUUGUAUAUUCGCCUUCUCGGGCGAUCGGUUUUCCCCUCACACAGCCAUGUUCCGCACUUUAAUGUUGGGCGACUUGUUGAGUUCUCUCGGUUUCAUCAUCGACAGCAUCUCCGCUUUACUACAAAGUAAGUGGGUGUACAAUUGUUUGUAGUGUCGAAUGUUUCCUUUCAUGAAAUUUGAAAAGAAGAGCGAGGGAUCUUACAUUUCAAAGGUGAAGAUGUAAAAAACAAAGUUUUCUCUCAGCUACAAUAACAAUGUGAUCUUUUCAGGGAAUUCGGACACUCUGACAGGUCCUCCGGAGAUGAUGUUUGUUUCGGUGAGUACCUGUGUGGCCAACAAACCGCAUCUCUUCAUCCUCCAAACGGCCAGGCAAUGGACGGCGGUGCUGGUUAUGAUCAUGGGGAUCGAGAGGUACCUCUUCAUCACAUAUCCUUUGUGGUUCAAGGUGGUUCGAGUCCGGAGAUUGCCCAUCUUGGUGUUCACGACCUGCUUUGUUCUCCUUUCUUCGGGUAUUGCCUACACAAAUGCCUUGUUCAUCGACCCGGGAGAGUUGACUCACUUCACUUGUGAGGUGACCUGGGCAUUUGGCGACAAUUAUGGAUGGUGUCAGACAACGAUCGUGGUCAUGGCGAUCAGUAUGGCGUUUGUUCUCAACUUUUAUUCUUAUCGGGUUGUCAAACAAGACUCGGCUUUACUUCAUUUCGGCAAUAAUCGUACGCGAAUGAACAGCGAACGGAGGAAAAUACGGUGAGUGUAAUCCUACGGUUACAUCAGUUUACGCUGUAAAAGGCCCCUUUAAUCGAAUAUCCAUGUCAUGACAAAAUUGCGUCACAAAAAAAAAGGAAUCUGCACGUCAACAGCCUAGUUGAGGCUUUUUUCUGACCUAGAUUUAAUCGAUGUGGCGUUGUUUUGAGUUAGAAACAUAUCUGCGUUAAGCUUUCGGAAGCUUUUUAAUUUUGUUAGAACACGAUCCGUUACAGUUAAAACCCCUUAAAAAGGUGUAAUUUACACCUUUUUUCGGAUAAAAACAAUGAAGAUUUUCUUUUCGCUGUCUGAGUAUACGUAAACGGACAAUGUAAGUAAAGAAGAUGGUUUUAUUGGCAAAAGCCACGCUGCAAUAGAAUUCCUGGACCCACCUAGUGAUAAUGCGUACCAUGUUAGCAGAUAUUGUAAUUACUUAAGGGACAAUUGAACCGGUUAUUGUUCUUGCCCUGAGGCAUUCUGCCAAAAAGUGAAAGUAGUUUCCAGUACUACUUUUUAAAGGCUUUCCAACGGUGUAUAGCGCUUGCCACUUGGUGAGGGUCAGUUUGUACACUUCUCUAGUAAAUUUAAUCCUGAGAUUCCCUCACGGAAUGACUAAAUUUAGAUGAGAUGAGCGUUCUAAAGUCAAUUUUGUCCUUUCCUUACAUUUCUUCAUACGUAAUGGGCCAGGUGAGGGUUCAUUGUACACCAAUCUCGGCCCACACACAAUCUUACUGUUUACCGGGAGUCAAAAGUAUUUCCUCACAACUGAAUAGAAAUUGUAAUAUCCCCACGAUUAUUAGUUCCGUUGUUUUCCCAAAUUUCGAGUGCAAUUUGUAAAGAGAAGCCGGAAAUAUUACCUCAUCUUAGGUUGUUCAUCCCUAAAUAAUCUUUUUGAUUUCAGAAAAGCAAUGUGGAUAAUCGGGGCUUCAGUUCUGGCGUGUGUCUUCCCUCAGAUCAUCGUCUCCGUGCUCCGAGUCAUCAACCACAUGGGUCUCCAGAAGACGAAGAUGCUCAUCUCGCAGCUGUUUUUGCUCAAAUUUGUGGCCAAUUUCGUGCUCUUGGCCAAAUUGUCGCGCGUGGGACCGGGGCUCUCUGUUUUCGCGGUAAGUGGCGCCAAUUAUUGGUUGAUAUUCUCGUUUUAGCCCCGUUGUUGUACGAUGUCGCUGCGGAAAGCAAGGAUAGAUCAUACGGAUUCCAUCGCCUCAGUCUCGUAUUAUGUUAACUGA